GAAGUUUUUGUAGUUGAGGUGUUUCGGCUUCCCCCUGUGCUUAUGGUGUCUAAAAUAGCCCAACGCUCCCUUAUUGUUUUCAAACAGGACCAUCGGUCUUGUUUGCGUGAUCAUUCUCGGACAGCGGCAUCCAUUCACAUUGAAAGUCCCGUGCGAAUGCUACUUCCUCGAAAUCCACGAUGAUCCUACACCUUUCAUUCUCCUACCUCUCCCUGUUCCUCUUGGCUUUUGGACUACCUGGGCAAGAAUGUCCUCCUGAAGAUAUCUGGCCUUGCACGUGCGUCCGAGAUUCCUACACCCAAAUAAACGUGUAUUGCAAGAAUGCCAGCUCGGGAGAAGAGAUCGCAUCGGCCUUGAAGAAGGCAUCCUGGCCCUUCAUGCCGUUAUGGGCAUUCUACCUUCACGGCAACAAGGCAGUUAAGGAACUACCUGAAGGAGUUUUUGGGAAUAUCUCCUUCCAGCACAUACAUAUGGAUGACACUGGUUUGGAGAGAAUUCAUCCGUCAGCCAUCCUGUCUUCGAAGAAUCAUCUCGAACGGCUUGUGGUCUGGAACAGCCCCAGCUUCACGGAGUUCCCUUUCCAUGUCCUUCCCGUGUUGCGACGCCUCAAAGAUCUCCUCCUCUUUCGAUGUUCCUUGACUUCAGUACCAGCUGUGAAGAACCCGAGCCUCAUCGAACUCACUUUCCAAUUCAAUCGCAUUUCAAGAAUCGAGGAACAUGGUUGGGACACACCCUAUUUAAGGAAAUUCAUCAUCAGUGACAAUAUCCUCACGGAGUUUCCACAUUCUAUCAUAAAGAGCCUUGAAAGACUAGAGGAGUUCCAUUGUGGAGCGUGCCAUCUAGGACCCACCCUUACAGCUGGAAAACUGGAAUUUCAAAGCAAAUAUUUGAAGUUGGUGCGGCUCUGGGAGAAUUCCUUAACUCGAUUUGAGCCGGAAGCAAUCAUU